GUGCUAUGCUGUAAUCUACUAAUCUUUUUUUCUGGGAAAGAAGGGAUGAUGCUUUAAGCUUUUUCAUAUAUAUGUCCAGGUGGAGAAGCGGACAACUUACCCAAAUCUUUGAACUUCUCUGUCUGUUUACCCACCCUCCAUUAAGUAAAACACAUUGAGCCUUCCACAUUUGAUAUGCUACUGUCUCACUUUCAACAGUAUCCACCAGAAUCUAACUUACUGGUCAGAUGAUGCAGGUAACAUUGAUUCAUCUAGAGGAUAGGCCUCAUCCUGGGGCUUUUAAUGUUAUUCAAGAAUUGCAAGAUGAAGCAGAGUUUCGUGUGAUUAUGUUAACCGGAGAUCACGAGUCUAGUGUCAAGAGAGUUGCAAGUGCUGUGGGCAUCAAAGUGUUUCAUUGCAACCUGAAGCCUGAAGAUAAGUUGAGUCAUGUGAAGGAUACAUCAAGGGAUAUGGAGCAGCGGAAUGGAAUUCAGUGGAAGAGAAUGAGAGUUCUAGCAGCGGAAGUAGUGAAUAUUGGUGGCUGUUUGGGAAUGGGUGAGCUGCUUCAAUGAAGCGGGCUAUAGCUCAGACGACCUUCCAUGAAGAAAGGAAGCUAUAGGGGUAAGGGAGAAACAGUGAGAAUUGACCCUUGGCAGAUAAAAGAGUUCGAAAAUACAUCAGUAGAGUUUUUUUAAUGGAAGAUGAUAUUUUUACAAUGGUACACGUGUUAUCAUUUUAUUAGUUUAUUUAAAUUGACGU